AUGCAAUCUAGCUCUCUUGAGAACAUGUUGAAGGAGUAUAUAGUGAAGAAUGAAGCCAUGAUCGAAAGCCAAGCUGCAUCAUUGAGAAACUUAGAAAACCAAGUUGGCCAGCUAGCUAAUGAGCUUAGAAAUAGACCCCGUGGUACGUUACCAAGUGACACCGAGAAUCCAAGAAAUGGGAGCAAAGAACAUUGUAAAGUCAUCACUUUGAGAAGUGGGAAGGAAUUGGAGAAUUCCAAGGCAAACUCUGGGCAUGAGGGUGAGCCCUCUUCAAUCGAAAUAAAUGAGGAAAUUCAAAAAGAUGCUGAAAUUCCUAGUGUAGAAAAAUCUACCUCUGCCCAAAAUGCUGCAGGAAUGCCACAGCAUCAGCUCCCAAAUAGCUCAAGUACAAGGCAACCACCUCCAUUUCCCCAACAUUUUCAGAAGCAAAAGUUGGACUCUCCAUUUAAAAAUUUCCUAGACAUUUUGAGGCAGCUACAUAUUAACAUCCCCCUUGUCGAAGCCCUAGAGAAAAUGCCUAACUAUGUGAAGUUCAUGAAAGACAGCCUUACAAAGAAGAGAAGAUUGGGGGAAUUUGAGACAGUGGCUCUUACCGAAGAGUGUGCAAGCAUUAACUUGGGGAUUAGAGAAGUUAGGCCUACUACAGUUACUCUUCAAUUAGCAGAUAGAUCUCUUGAUCAUCCGGAUGGGAAGAUUGAAGAUGUAUUGGUAAGGGUAGACAUAUUCAUAUUCCCUACUGAUUUUAUUGUGUUAGACUAUGAGGCAGACAGAGAGGUGCCCAUUAUCAUGGGGAGGCAAUUUCUUGCAACAGGAAGAAUUUAA